AAGAUUUCUGAUUGUUUGCUCAUUUUGAUUAAAGCUUUGAAUGAUUUCAUUUAUGGCAUGUUUGGCAUAUUGGAAUACAUUUACAAAUUCUGAAUUCACCUACAUAUUAUGUUUUCCAAAUCCAAAAUUUGGAAAUGUGGAAUUGGGCCAAUUUCAUUGGUUUACUUUUUAAAAAUUCUAAGUAAAUAAAUAGUACUCUUAUCAUUUAUUUAUAAUUCAUGAAAUUGAAUAUCAAAAUUGAAUUCUCCAUUUUCAAUUGAAUUCCAGGUUUCCAAGCACUAACCUUAAAGAUUUAUUUUAGAGAUAGAUAAACUGAUCAUAAACUGUCCAGGAAAUACAGUCACUUACUAGUUACUUUUUAUUGGCAAUGUAUUCCAUUUAGCUGUAUAGCGGAAGAGUAUAGUGCAUGGGAGUAUAUUUCUAUCAUAUGUCACUCUGGACUGUUUGCUUCACAAGUACCCUGUGUUGGAUCCUCAAAUUCCGACAUGUUAUUGGAACUUGUGGAGUUAAAGCUUAAGGAGGUCAUUUCAAGGCAACCUACACUUCUAGUUAUGGUAGUCGGUGUUCCCAAUGUUGGAAAGUCAGCUUUAAUCAACUCCAUCCAUCGGAUUUCAGCUAAGAAUUUUCCUGUGCAGGAGAAGAGGAAAAAAGCUGUAGUGGGACCACUACCUGGAGUUACACAGGAUAUUGCAGGAUACAAGAUUGCACAUCAGCCUAGCAUAUAUGUUUUGGAUACUCCAGGAGUAUUGGUUCCGAGUAUUCCAGAUAUUGAAACAGGGUUGAAAUUAGCUGCAACAGGAUCUGUUAAAGAUUCAGUUGUGGGUGAAGAGCGUAUAGCUCAAUAUCUCCUUGCUAUAUUGAAUUGUCGUGGCACUCCGCUUCAUUGGAAAAAUUUGAAAGAUAAGAAGGAAGAACGUAAGAAUCGCUCCGAACAUGAGUACAAUGUGAAAGAUAUUUUGCCAAAUAGAAGGAAGCCGCCAGAUGAUUCUGCUGUUCAUUACAUUGAGGAUAUUGCAACUGAAGUGAGGUGUGCACUUAGUGAUUCUUUCUUACAAUUUGAUGGCGAUGUUGAAAAUGAAAACGACAUGGAGAGUCUUAUAGAGUUGCAGUUUGAAGCACUACAGAAGGCUUUUAGAAUACCACAUACUGCUUCAGAAUGUCGUACGAAGGUUUCGAAAAGAUUUUUGACAUUGUUUAGGACGGGUAAACUUGGUCCUUUCAUCCUUGAUGAAGUUCCCAAUAUAUGUCAACCUGUAUCUUGAACACUCUCCGAGUCUUGUAAGCUGCAUUUUAAGCACAACUAAUGAAUAAAUCGAUAGCAAGUGAUUAAUGUGA